AUGGAAGAAGAGGAGGAGGAGGCAGGCCCUGCUGCUCCCGCCUCAGGACGGCGAGUACAAAACUGCAAGAGGACUGCUGUACGUUCACCACGGGGAGAAAAAGGCAUUCAACAGAAAUCCUUUAUAACGCAAGAAAUCAUAGCAAUGGAUGGAGGGAACAGGAGCAGUAAGGUAGAACUUAGAGUUACUAUCACCAGUGCAAAAAACCAACCCCCUCAGUGGGAAAAGGACACUUAUGAAGUAAUCAUUCCAGAAAAUACAACAAGAGAUACAGCCAUUGUGACAAUCAAAGCAACAUCCCCUCUUGGUGACCCACGCAUAACAUAUAAUCUAGAAGAAGGGCUGGUUCCAGAGACCAACAUGCCAAUCCGAUUCUACUUGACCCCAAACAGAGAUGAUGGUUCUGCAUCUAUCCUCAUAGCUGAACCUUUGGAUUAUGAAACCACAAAGAAUUUUUUGUUAAGGAUUCGAGCCCAGAAUGUUGCUGCAGUGCCACUUGCUUCAUUUGCCACUGUCUAUAUUAAUGUGACAGAUGUCAACGACAAUGUCCCUUUCUUUACCUCGUCCAUUUAUGAAGCUUCGGUAACUGAAGGAACUGAGGUUGGAACUCCAGUUUUUCAAGUUUCUGCCACCGACCUAGACCUUGGCCAAAAUGGUGAGAUCACUUAUUCUCUGCUACUCGAUCGCAGCGGGGACUAUACAUUUUUCCGUUUGGACUCAAAAACAGGUUCAAUCUAUACUACCUCUGUGUUUGAUAGGGAAAAGAAAGCAUCAUAUCUCUUGGAAGUUAAAUCAACAGAUGGCUCAGAAUCGGCUCGUCCUGGAAAGCAUGGGCAGCCAAAUUCUGACACAGCCUACGUGCGAGUUUUUAUCAGUGAUGUGAACGACAACAAGCCUUCCUUUACCAAGAGUGUCUAUGAAGUCAAUGUGGAUGAAGACCAGGAUGUGGGAUCGACUGUCAUUACUGUCAGUGCUAAUGAUGAAGACGAAGGAACAAAUGCAAAGUUAAGGUACCAAAUUACAGCUGGAAACACUGGAGGAGUGUUUGAUGUUGAACCAGAGAUGGGAAUUAUCUUCAUUGCACGGCCAUUGGAUUAUGAAGAAGUCCAGCUGUAUGAACUUAAUUUGUUGGCCUCUGAUGGGAAAUGGGAGGAUUAUGCGGUGGUCAUCAUCAACAUUGUGAAUAAAAAUGAUGAAGCUCCUGUUUUUGCUCUCAAUGAAUAUUAUGGAAGUGUGAUUGAGGAACUGGAUGGGCUUCCAGUCUUUGUUCUUCAGGUUGUGGCAAAUGAUCCUGAUAGUGGCCUGGAUGGAGGUGAUAUAAGAUAUUCCAUACAUGGGCAUGGUGCAGAUGAUGUUUUUGCAAUAGAUGAGAACACUGGCAGCAUUUAUUCCCAGAAGAUAUUAGACAGAGAAGAGCGAGCCCUUUGGAGAUUUGUUGUGCUGGCUACCGAUGAAGGGGGAGAAGGACUUACUGGAUUUGCAGAUGUGAUUAUAAACAUCUGGGAUAUAAAUGAUAAUGCUCCAGUGUUCCCCUGUAUGCCCAAUGACUGUAAUGGGAGUGUCUUUGAAAAUUCUCUUGAUGACACAUUCGUUAUGGAGAUGACAGCAGUAGACUUGGAUGACACAAAUGUCGGUCUGAAUGCAAUUUUGACAUACCAAAUAAUUGAGAAUGUAAAAAAUGAUUUUGAAAUGGAUUUGUUCAAAAUCAGUCCCACCACAGGCAACAUCUAUGUGGCAGGAGGGAUGUUGGACAGAGAGACAUCAGACAGAUAUUUCCUUGUAAUUGAAGCAAAAGAUGGGGGAGGACUGACAGGAACAGGUACUGCCACCGUCAGGAUUGCAGACAUAAAUGAUCAUAUCCCUAGUUUCACACAGGAGAUUUGGCAUGUUGUAAUCCCUGAAACUAGCACUAUCAACUCAGAAGUUCUAGAAGUAUCAGCCAUGGAUGGAGACAAUGGAGAAAAUGCACUUUUAACUUUCAGCAUUAUUGGAGGGGAUCCUGAACACAACUUUUACAUCGAAAACCAUAAAGAAGAUCAGCGUGCUUCUAUUAGGCUGAAGAAGACCCUGGAUUAUGAGCAGAUCCACGAAAGAUGGUUUAACCUUACUCUCAAAGUACAAGACCUGGAUUUUUCUAGCAUUGCCUUCUGUUUAAUUGAAGUGGAAGACUGUAAUGACCAUACGCCUGUUUUCAAUUCUCAGUUUGUUCAGCUGAGCUCUUUCUUUGAAAACACACCUGUGGGUACCACCAUCAUCACGGUGACAGCCACAGAUGAGGAUUCCAAUUUGAAUGGAGACAUUGAAUAUUCUAUCCAGUUGGAUUCAGAUCCCGCUGGACAAUUUGCAGUAGACCAAGAUGGGCAUGUGACUGUGUCAAAAGCCUUGGAUAGAGAAGUCAUUGAAGAAUAUGGCUUAAUCAUACAGGCGUCUGAUCAAGGUCUUCCUGCCCGAACAGGAAGCGUUACAAUAUUGAUUGACUUGCUGGAUGUCAAUGAUAAUGGACCAAGGUUUGAGGCACCAUACACACCAGUGGUCUGGGAAAAUACACCAGGACCUCAGCUGGUUUAUAUGAAUCCUACAUCUAAUCUGCUUUGGGCUUUUGAUCCCGACAGCGCUGAAAAUGGGCCACCCUUUAUGUUUUCCUUGCCGUUAGAGUAUCAGGACACUUUGGAUUUCUCUCUUACUGACAAUGGAAAUAAUACAGCGACAAUUACUGCUCUGAGGUCUUUUGACAGAGAGCAGCAGAAAAUGUUCCAUAUACCCAUUGUUAUAACUGAUAGCGGAAGUCCACCCAUGAGCUCUACAAACAUCUUGGCCAUAACUAUUGGAGAUGAAAACGAUAACAGCCAUGAAGCUGGACAUAAGAUAAUUUAUGUUUACCUACACAGAGGAAAAUGGUCAACAAUAGCGCUUGGGGAAGUGUUUGCACCCGAUCAGGAUGACUGGGACAAUAAAACAUUUGUCUCUGAAGGAAAAAUGCACAAAUCUUUCAGAGUGAAUCAAAGGACUGGCUCAUUGAUCAUGGUGGAUAAUGCUCCUCAGGGAACAUAUGAGUUAAAAAUCAGAGUGUCAGAUGGAAUUUGGCCAGAUGUUAUAGCAACGGUAGAAAUACAUGUCAAACAGCUUCAGAAUGAAGCCAUUCGGAACUCAGCAACUCUGCGUCUGGCAGACAUGACCGCAGAAGAGUUCAUAAAGAAAGACGAGCCAGAAGAAAGCAGGCAUGACAAAUUCAAAGACCUUCUGGCAGGAAUCUUUUCAGUCCACCCUGAGGAUGUCAUUGUUUUCAGUGUGUCAAAUAUCGAAGGGAGGGAGACAGAUCUGAGAUUUGCAGUUCAGAACGGUUCAUUCUAUUACAGGCCAGAAAAACUGCAAGGGCAGAUGGCUGCCUUUAAAAACAAGAUCCAGUUGGCUUUAGGGGUGAAUGUUUCUCAAAUUGAUGUGGAUGAAUGCCAUAGGGCAGACUGCAGUGGAAGCAGUGGCUGCACAAACUAUAUCACAAUGAGUGACACCCCCACCGUGAUGGACACUGGAAGUGUGUCACUUGUCUCCUUAACCACCAGUGUCAGUGCUGUCUGUACCUGUGCAGCUAGAGAGAGAAUUCAUCGGUCAUGCAACUCCUACUCUCACAGCCCAUGUUUCAAUGGAGGGACUUGCAUUGACAUGUUCAGUGGUUACAGAUGUCAAUGUUCUGCUUCAUUUCAUGGACCAGAUUGCCAGCAGACAAAACACAGUUUCCAUGGGAAUGGCUAUGCGUGGUUCCAUCCCAUCAGACCUUGUUUUGAGAGUUCCCUGUCCCUCGAGUUUAUCACUGAAGUUCCAGAUGGGCUUUUGCUGUAUAAUGGUCCUUUGUCAGAUUCGGGUUUUGGGAACUCAGAAAACUUCAUUGCAAUAGAACUUCUGAAUGGCAUUCCCGUACUGAAAGUAGACCAUGGAUUGGGCACCACAGAAUUGCGUUUGCCUAGUUAUGUGAAUGUUACAGACAAAAGGUGGCAUCACCUGGAAGUGAGGAGCAGCAGGCAGGAUGUUAGAUUCAGUUUGGAUCACUGUAGAGCUGCAGUUGUGUCAGAGAUGGAAGGAGUAGGAAAAUGGCUGUCUACUGAAGACCGAACAAAUUGUGAGGUUGUGGCCUUUGUUCCACAAGCAAGGAGGUACUUGAACAUGAACCAGGUUCUUCAGUUGGGUGGAGUAAAGGAAUCCAUUCCAUAUUCAUACCCCCAGUUACAACAGAAACAUUUUAAUGGAUGCAUUCGCAGUCUCAUUGUGGACACUCAGCUGUAUGACCUCGAAUCUCCAGCAGAGUCUCUGAAUAGCUCUCCUGGCUGCACCUUGACAGAUGGUAGUUGUGAGAAGAUGGGCUCCUCUCCGUGUGGCAUUCAUGGGAGAUGUCUUGGCGAGUGGAGCUCAUUUACCUGGGCUGUGCAUAAGCCCCAAAACUUGGAUUCAGAUCAAGCUGACCAGACCUGCCUUUCUUUAGAAACAACUGCAACGGUGUACUGA